UUAUGACGAGGCGCUAUUUAUUUAGAAAAACUGUCAACGUGACUUUGGAGACAGGAGUUGUUCUUCCAGUAAUAACGACUCAGCCGCGCGCUGGCGGUGGUCCAGACUGGCUUGCGCACUGGCCGUGGUCCUGACUGGCUGCCGAUGCGGAACGGAUCGGAGCGGUAUACUGCUGGAGGAGACGAAGACAGGAGGAGAAAACGGAGAAGAGUAGAGCGAAAAAUGUGUACUGGCCCUUUAAGGACCAUUAAAAUCCAUCGGAGUGUCGUAUCAGCCCCUUGAGAGAAUCGAAUCAGUAGCGUUCCUCCUUCAGUUUGAUAGGGACCAUACUAUUGACCCGCUACGCAGUUCACUGUACGGGUAGAGACGACAACUUUAGACACACACACACAGAAGUCCAGACGCAUGGGGUAGGAUUAACAACACAGCUAAUCAUGAGAGACAACUGGAUUCUAGUUAUCAUGCAGUUUCUGUUGUUUCCGCGGACAGGUUGGUCCAAUCCCGUCAUCUUCCCCAGCGGACCUCACCUGGUGGUUCCGAAAGGCGGUGCUCUGGAACUCCGCUGUCAUGACAACAACACCAACACUCCAUCCACUGUUGUUUCACGGGGGUUGAGGUGGCAGAGAGAGAGGGGCAGGCGGCUGGAGGGGGAGGUAGAGGAGGGAGGAGGGGUAGUGUUUGUUAGGGUGCAGUCUGCCCAGGGAUAUCACAUGGGACGAUACGCCUGUAUCAACAACAACACCAAGGAGCACUCCUCCAUCUACGUCUUUGUGAAAGACCCCCAGAGUCCGUUUCAGCGUUCUAUGGUGAACGGCAUUCUGGUCCGCGUCGGGGAGAACCUGACUUUACCAUGCCUGGUCACCGACCCUGAUGUGACCCCCGUGACCUUACAGACCUGUGACUUACAACCUUUACCCUCCGACCUCCAUUACCACUCCGACCCCCAGCGCGGCAUCAUCAUCGGCAACGCCAGGAAGGAGUACGAGGGUUGCUACGUAUGCUUGGGAGAGCUGGCAGGUGCCACCGUGAGGUCGAGCCAGUAUACUGUGGACGUACGGCUAGUCCCUGAGCAGCCUCCAGUGAUCCGUCUGUCCCAGAGAGAGAGGGUGAUCCUGAGGAGAGGAGAGCAGUUUGAGAUCACCUGCAGCUCCUCCAACCUCAACCCUGACUUCAGCAUUAAGUGGGAUUUCCCUGUUGGAGCGCGUGCCUUCCAGGCCCACACCUCCCACAUCCUGGCUGGUUCCCGUGGUUACCAACGCUCCACCUCCCUCUGGAUCACCUCUGUCAACCAAUCAGAUGCCGGGACAUACCGAUGCCACGCCCACAACGAGAAGGGCACCACCGCCGAUACCCUGCACCUGGAUGUCCGUGAGCGAGGCUUCAUCAGUAUGCUGGGUGACUCCCGGCCUAGCCAGUCUGCUGUCAGAGAAGGGGAGAGCCUAAGCCUCAGGGUAGAGUUUGAGUCUUACCCCAGACCAGGCACUCUGUCCUGGGCUUACAACGGCAAGACCCUCCACAACACCACGGAGCACGUCAUCACUGCCCAACGACACCGAUACAGGUACGUCAGUGAGCUGCGUUUGGUGAGGGUCCAUGGGUCAGAGGGCGGGAUCUAUACCUUCCUAGUCAAUCAUGAGGACGCCUCUGUCAAUCAAUCAUUCCCUGUCUAUGUGAACAGUAAGCCUGUCAUCAUUUCCCAGGAGGGACCAGUUGAUGGACAGGUGCGCUGCGUUGCCGCCGGUUACCCGACCCCUAAAAUCAGCUGGUUCUACUGUGAACUCCCCCACACACGGUGUUCCCACCUGACCAACGCCAGCCAAUGGGAGCAGCGGGAGGUUGCCACGGUAACGGUAUCAGACUCGGCCUUCGGCAGCAGCGAAGUGGAGAGUCGACUGAACAUUACGAAGGGAGACGCACACACACACUACCACACGUUGGAGUGUGUAGCGACCGUGCAGGGCGAGCAGGCUUACACACUGUUCUCCAUCAGCGAGCACACCGUGCCCCAUAAGCUCUUCACCCCCCUGCUGACUGGUGUGGUUGUUACAGCUGUGAUACUGAGCAUCACACUGGUGGUUCUCCUCUACAAAUACCUUCAGAAGCCCAAGUUCCAGAUCCAGUGGAAGGUGAUUGACAGUAUCCACGGCAACAACUACAUCUACAUCGACCCCACCCAGCUGCCCUACGACGCCAAGUGGGAAUUUCCCAGGCAGAAACUACGCUUUGGUAAGACCCUGGGUUCAGGGGCCUUCGGUAAGGUGGUGAGAGCUACAGCCUAUGGACUCUGUUCUGCUGACUCCGUCAUGACUGUCGCUGUUAAGAUGCUCAAACCGAGCGCCCACUCCACCGAGAAGGAGGCUCUGAUGUCGGAGCUGAAGGUUCUCAGUUACCUUGGCAACCACGUCAACAUCGUCAACCUGCUGGGAGCUUGCACUGUGGGAGGGCCGACGCUGGUGAUCACAGAGUACUGUUGCUAUGGAGAUCUGCUCAACUUUCUGCGUAGGAAGAGAGAGACGUUCUUCAGCGCCCAGGCUGCUGAUGGGUACUACCGCAACAUCAACAACCCCCGAGAACCACAGAGAGAUGGGAACGGUAGCAGUUACAUGCCUAUGCGUCCGUCCUCCCAGUCAGAUGAUAAGGGGUGUCUGAGUAUAGAUGAGUUGUCUGUGGACACAGAGGAUCUACUGAGCUUCUCCUACCAGGUGGCUAAGGGCAUGGAGUACAUCACCUCUAAGAAUUGUAUCCACAGAGACCUAGCAGCCAGGAACAUUCUGCUGACUCAGGGUAGAGUAGCCAAGAUCUGUGACUUCGGACUGGCCCGAGACAUCACCACCGACUCCAACUACGUCCUCAGAGGCAAUGCCCGUCUCCCAGUGAAGUGGAUGUCUCCAGAGAGUAUCUUUGACGGUGUUUACACCUUGGAGAGUGAUGUCUGGUCGUACGGAAUCCUGCUCUGGGAAAUAUUCUCUUUAGGCAGCAGUCCAUACCCUGGUAUGCAGGUGGGUUCAGCGUUCUACCGGAUGAUCCAGGAAGGACACAGAAUGAACAGACCUGAUGUGGCACCCAGAGAAAUUUAUGACAUGAUGUUGUCCUGUUGGAGUGAGGACCCCCUGAAGAGACCUUCCUUCAGGAAAGUAGUCGAGAGGACUGAACUACUACUGUCGGAACACACCAAGAAUGUGUACCUGAACCUGAGCUAUGGGGCUGUUCCUCCAGACCAGCAGAGGGCAGCGUCUCACAGACUGAGCUCAGUGAGCAGCACUACGGCCCCGACACAACCACUACUGCUGAAUACUGCUGAUGUGUUUCUGGACUACGACAACGACUGAACAAUGGACACACACACACACACACACACACACACACACACACACACACACACACACACACACACACACACACACACACACACACAAACUCAGCACCGCCAAUUUUGUGGACUAGGACACUGUCUGAAUAAUGGACACACUGGACACACUCUCUCUUUGUAUUGGUUGGUCUGUGAUGCAUUUCAUGUAGUAUCUAACCUUUAUCUAACCUUUAUCUAACCUUUAUGUAACCUUUAUGUAACCUUUAUGUAACUAGGCAAGUCGGUUAAGAACAAAUUCUUAUUUACAAUGAUGGGCGCCGCCAUAUGGGACACAACACAAUAAACACAAUAACCUACACAUUCAUAAACACAAUAAACACAACUUCCACAUUCAUAAACACAAUAACCUCCACAUUCAUAAACACAAUAACCUCCACAUUCAUAACCACAAUAAACACAAUAACCUCCACAUUCAUAAACACAAUA